GUUGCUGGGAAACAUCUGCCGACGCCUGCGGCGGGGACCGGCCGACAUGGCGGCGGCGGCGGCGCUGGCGCGGCUCGCGGCGGCCUUCCUGCUCCUCGCGGCCCAGGCAGCCUGUGAGUACGGCAUGGUGCACGUGGUCUCCGAGGCCGGGGGCCCCAGGGGCAGAGAUUACUGCAUCCUCUACAACCCGCAGUGGGCCCACCUGCCACACGACCUCAGCAAGGCGUCUCUCCUGCAGCUGCGGGACUGGACGGCCUCUGUGCUCUGCUCCCCGGCCGACCUCCCCGCCAAGGGCUUCAGCAACCAGAUCCCGCUGGUGGCACGGGGCAACUGCACCUUCUACGAGAAAGUGAGGCUGGCCCAGGGCAGUGGGGCGCGCGGGCUGCUGGUCGUCAGCAAGGAGGCGCUGGUCCCCCCAGGAGGCAACAAGACGCAGUAUGACGAGAUUGGCAUUCCCGUGGCCCUGCUCAGCUACAAAGACAUGCUGGACAUUUUCAAGACGUUCGGCCGCGCGGUGCGGGCGGCGCUGUACGCCCCCAAGGAGCCCAUGCUGGAUUACAACAUGGUCAUCAUCUUCAUCAUGGCCGUCGGCACCGUCGCCCUCGGCGGCUACUGGGCCGGGAGCCGGGACGUCAAAAGGAGGUACAUGAAGCACAAGCGGGACGACGGGCUGGAGAAGCAGGAGGACGAGGCAGUGGACGUGACGCCCGUCAUGAUCUGCGUCUUCGUGGUCAUGUGCUGCUCCAUGCUCGUGCUGCUCUACUACUUUUAUGACAAGCUCGUCUAUGUCAUCAUCGGGAUUUUCUGCCUGGCCUCCUCCACCGGCCUCUACAGCUGCCUGGCGCCGCUGGUCCAGAGGCUGCCCUUCUGCCAGUGCAGGGUCCCCGACAACAGCCUGCCCUACCUCCACAAGCGCCCCCAGGUGCGCCUGCUGCUCCUGGCGCUGCUCUGCCUGGCCGCCAGCGUGGUGUGGGGAGUCUUCCGGAACGAGGACCAGUGGGCCUGGAUCCUUCAGGACGCGCUGGGCAUUGCCUUCUGCCUCUACACGUUGAAAACCAUCCGCCUCCCCACGUUCAAGGCCUGCACGCUGCUGCUGCUCGUGCUGUUCGUCUAUGACGUCUUCUUCGUGUUCAUCACGCCCUUCCUGACCAAGAGCGGGAACAGCAUCAUGGUGGAGGUGGCCACCGGGCCCUCGGACUCGGCCACCCACGAGAAGCUCCCCAUGGUCUUGAAGGUGCCCAGACUGAACGCCUCCCCGCUGGCCCUGUGUGACCGGCCCUUCUCCCUCCUGGGCUUCGGGGACAUCCUGGUCCCAGGGCUGCUCGUGGCCUACUGCCACAGGUUCGACAUCCAGGUGCAGUCCUCCAGGGUCUACUUCGUGGCCUGCACCAUCGCCUACGGCGUCGGCCUCCUGGUGACGUUCAUGGCGCUGGCGCUCAUGCAGCGCGGCCAGCCUGCCCUCCUCUACCUGGUGCCCUGCACGCUCGUCACCAGCGGCGCGCUGGCCCUCUGGCGCCGGGAGCUGGGCAUGUUCUGGACUGGCAGCGGCUUUGCGAAGGACCUACCUCAGCCUCCAUGGGCGCCAGCCCCGGCCGCCAACCCGCAGCCUCCAAAAGCCUCGGCCGCCCUCUCCCAGCCGCCUCCAGGUGAAGAUGCGCCCGAGUGCCCUGUGCCCGCAGAGCAGCCCCCCGAGCUGUCCACGCCUGAGGAGAUGCGGCCCGGAGCCUCCGAACCCACAGCUUGACAGGUGCUGCGGCCCAGGAGAGGUGGCCUGGACCUGGCCCUCGCUGCCUUCCCCGUGCCGAGGGGUCCCCGAGACCGGGCGCCCGCCCCGCCCCCAACUUGGUGCUCUGGUCUGGCCGAUGCUCGAUGCUCACGUCAGGGUGGGGGCCUCUCGGCUCCUGCUCCCGCUCCCCCUCCCCACCCAGCCCGCCACACUCCACCCCCUCCAGUCCUGCUCCAAGCUCCGUGCCUGCUGCCAGGCCCUCUGGCCGGCUGAGGCCCCGCUGGGUGGCCCCCCAGCCCCGUAGUCGUCCCGUCAGUUUCCCUCUGGUGGUGGCUCGGCAAGGGCAGGCCGUCCCCCCGCCCUGCGGCUGCAGACCCGCCCCAUCUGGUGCUCCCUGUGCGCCCCUCUCUCUGGGCUCCCUCCGAUGCCACAGCCUGUCCUGGGCAGGAGCGCUCAGGCCAGGUCCCCAGGGAGGCAGAGUGCCCAGCAGAGGCCCUUUCUGCAGGCCGGCUGGGCCAGAGGCUGAGAACGCCACCGCCCCGAGCCUCGGACUCUGGCUGGCGUGGGUUCCGGACGCCCGUCUGGUUGGUGGGGCCGUGAGGAGGGGCUGCCACCGAGGGCUUCGAACGGGCCAUCAGCGGUCACUUGCUCCCGGCAGGCCACGCCCUCCCCCCCAAUCAGCCCCACGCUGGACUCCGCCACAUUUUAAUAAACGGCCACGACUUUUUGAAAUUCCGAUAGUGUCGCCUCUUGGGGUGCGAGUCUCGCAGACUGACCUUUGUGGGGCCCAGGUGGGCUCCAGGCCAGGUGGACGGCCCUUGGGGUCCGCAUGGAGGCCCCCCGGCAGCCCUUGAGGUUGGCUCUGUCUGACACGUCGGCCCCUCCUUCCCUUCCGGCUCAGAGGGCAUCGCCCACGCCCGGCACCGGCGUCUGCACGUUCUCCACCCCCCACCCCGUCCCCUGCACGCCGCUCACCAGCCUCCAGCCACGACACAGGCCAGACAAGCGCACUUUUCAUUUAAACCACCGACGAGCUUCUGGGACGCGGGAGAACAUUCUGGAACUGGCAUUUUGUCAUCUACCUCACCCACAGGGUUCUCUGAACCUCACGACAUAGAUGCCGCCAUCAAACUGGCCGCGGUCUGGUGGCCUGCACGCCCCAGCCUGGCACCAGGGUCCAGUGACCUGGGGCUGCUGACCUCCAGGGCCACCUGUGGCUCCGGGGCCCUGCCCUCCCAUCCACGAGGCCCCCGGACUCCAGUUCAGAAGAUGCUUCACCGACAAGAAGGGACGGCACGGACCUCUGGCCUCGUGGUCCCCACUCCAUCUCCCGGACAGUGGGCGCGGGUCAAAGCAGGUCCGCUCUGCAAACGCCAGCACUGGGCAGAGACUCCCGCAGCCCAGCAGCCACGCUGCUCGAGGGAGCGAUGCUUACUCCAAAACCGGAGCCGGCUUCCUCCUGUUUCCCCGUGUUUCUCAACAGGAAUGGGUGGCCCAGCCCAGGGGGAGCAGCUGGCCCCAAGGCGCCCCCAGGACCUGGGACGCAGCCGUGGGCGGGCAGCUUGGGCAGGGGGCCCGGGUGGACCCCUUCUGCCCAGGGGACUGCGCCCUCCCCAAAGCCAUUUUGUCCGUCGAUGUCAGAGCGGGAGCCUCUCUCUUUUCUGUUCCGGAAAUUUGACAAACGCCACGGAACUCAGAGGCAGACGUUAGCUCCCGACGUUGCCGUUAGCGGUUUCCGCCUCGCUCCGGUUGGAACCUCACAGUUAAACACGCUUUGCAUACUUCAGCCUCGGCCUCUGCCGACUCCUCCGUGGCGCCCGAGAGGCUUCCUCCCACAGGAGGGACCCCCGCCUGGAGGACCGCGGCUGCCGCGGAGCUUCUGCUACGACAUGGCUAGUCGUGGUGUCACAGCAUCCUCACCGAGGGCGGAGAGGGCGGAAGGAAGCUCAGAGGUGACUGCGUUGUCCCCUGUGUGCGGCCCAGGGGAGUGGCCAGCGUGGUGAGCCCAGUGGUCAGGCUUCACUGACCCCACUGUCCUCGGCGGGAGGGCGCGUCUGGAGGCCACGCGGCUCGCAGGGGCAGCUGAGGUCCAAGCAGAGCCACGGCCGCUCCCCCAGGCCACGCUGCUCGAGCGCCACCGUCCCCUCCUCUCUGGCAGAGACCCCAGCCCACAGGAGACCAUCGGAAACCAGGACGCAGCCGCCCACGGGGCUCAGGGCAGAUGUCGCGAAGCCCCCUCUAAGCCAGCAGGGGAGGGAUGGUUGAACCCCUGAGAGCCGGUUCUAGAGUAUUGAAAAUCGCGGGCUAUAAAAUUUUUAUUUUUCUCUU